AUGGAUCCGCACUGCCACGAGGGUAAGUCCCAAAAGGAAGAGGAAAGGAGGGGCCAUUUGAACGAUAAAGUGGUGCGUGACUACACUAACGGUAGAAAUGUAUGCUCCUUUCCUCAGGAUGUAAAAAAUGUAGGCUCGGACCGUUGCUGCAAAGCGUUGGAGGGAAAUCCCCUUCGCUGCAUGAGUGGGAAGGAUGGCCACAAUGGUUGUGCAAGCGGGAGAGCACCCCCUUGUGAUGACUCAAGAGGCGAAAAUGUAGUGGCCAAGAAAAAGAAGAAGCCUUUUCUUAACAAGUUAUGCAAAAAUUAUGUAAAGCUGACUCUGCACAGACCAUGCUGCAUCAUGCUAAGUAUAACCAUCGGGUUGUUAAUUGUCACUCUAAUGAGCAUCUCCUUUUACAUGAACAUAUUUAGCGAGGAGGAAAGUAGGUCCGAAGUGCUGGGCGCUUUUUUGAGAAAGACAAAUGGAGAGGAAUUCACAAAAAUGAAUGUCGCCAAAGCGAGUGAUGUAGUGAUUCACACAAGUGACAGUAUAGGGAACACAGUGGAACAUUUUUUUAAUUUUUAUAAAAAGGAAAAAACGGCAACGUUGUUGUUUUAUCUUGAUAAGGAGGAGGACAAUACGAUUCUGGAAUACGACACGCUGAAGGAUAUCUUCUUCUUGGUGCAAUUCUUUAAGCAAAUGAAGACGGGAAAUAAAAAAAAUUGGGGUGAAAUGUGUAAAAGGUUUGACGUCCCUUUGAUGGAGUCUAAAUGCUUCGUGCUAGGGUUGUUCACCAUUUCGGAACUUCAAAAUGCAGAAUAUGACACGACCCCUAAUUGGGAGGCAUAUUUUGAUGGCCUCCUAAAAAAGGACGAAAGAUCUUUGGGCAAUUUUUUCUACAACGCACUUAUUUUUCUGCCCAAUUUUUUAUAUCAGCCUCAUAUGUUCGAUAUGAAGAGGACCAAGAUAAAGGACAUCACAUCUGAUAUCUCUAAAAAUGUGGAGGCCUUUUUAUUUGUCUUCAAUUUCGAUGAAGGCAUUGACGAUUCUUCCCUAAAUGAGUGGUAUCGUCUGCUAAACAUGCAUGUGAAAUUAAUAAAUGAGGGGGAAAAAGAGUUCGUAACGAUUCACAAUUUGGACAGCAGUACGUACGUUCACGAGAUAAAUCAGAGUAGGAAUUGGAGCAUGGCAGUUGUGAAUGAAAAGGUAUUGGAGGAUAACGAGCAGUCGUUCAUCAGUGUAGGUAUCAAAUCGAAUUACGUCUUUGCCAUUUUGUCUUUCCUCUUCAUGGCCAUUUAUGUAUGUACCAUUUCGUCUGACGGGUUGAAGCAUAAGGGACAAGACGAAGGAGCAGAAGCGAUGAGGAGGAGGUUUUUACUUAUCCUAUCUGUAUAUUCGCUGACGUUCUUUUCCUUCUUCUCCACCUUCUUCAUCAAUUUGGUUUUCCAAAUUAAUGUUCUACGAAUUUAUUUAUUAAAUUUUUUCCCCCUCUUUUUCCUAAGCUUCCUAUUUUGUUGCGUCAACAUAUUUUACCGCAAAAAGUGCGUAGUGGGACCUUCCAAAAUGAUGAUGCGCAGAAUGAGGUGCGCAAAACAUUCGAAGAACGAGUCUGUUGAUAUGACUACCUAUUAUUUGCGAGCUAGCUACAAGUCACUUUAUUUUGUGGGCAAAAUUACCCUCAUCGUUUUGGCUGUAUACCUGGUUGGGUUUGCCUGCACGUACAGAAUCGUCAACGUUUUUUCGCUGAACUCGGUCUUGGCCAUCGUUUGCCUGUUUGUGUACUACGCUACGUUUUUUAACAACAUGUUUGCCUUUUUGUUCUACAAGGAUAGGCACUUGCUGUUGUCACCAUCUCAGUCGCCACCAGAUUCGAAGUCGGUUUGUAGCUCUUCGGGGGAUCAGCCCGACCAGCACGUUAUAGCCUUUUCGGAGGUGGCACCCAGUGGAGUGUCAAUGAAGAAAGGAUGCACAUCGAGUGGUAACUCUCCAAAUGGGGAGAGCCACCUCUCUCCGAACGCACACUACGCAUGUGUAGGUGCGGAUGGGAAGAAGCAACAUAUAAAAAAUUCCGUCUACCCAAGUGGUAAGGAGGAUAGUACCGAAAGGAAGGGAGACAACAAAAAAGCAAACCGUAGGAGGGCCCAAAAGAAGGGGGUCCUCUUCCUCGGUGUGUUAUUUUUUCUUCUCCUUUUAGGUCUCUUCCUAAGCUUCCUAAUAAGCAACGAGAAGAUUCACCUGGAUGUGUACCAUUACAUGACGAAGGAAUCGCCCCUGAGGAGGUUCAUCCAAAAUUUUGAGAAAAAGGCGGGCUUCGUAAUCGAGCCGGCAUACUUGGUGUUGCCUUCUUCCCACGAGUUUGACUACGAAGAUGAAGAAAAUGCAAAUUUGUUAAUCAAGCUAGUAAACGAAAUGAAGGAGGAAGGAUGCAUUCAUGAGCCCAUCGUAUCUUGGAUUCACGCAUUUGAGUUGCUAAAAAAUGACUGCCGGAAUGUAGGCUCCUUCAACAACCAGUACGAUUUGGAUCGUUAUAAAAAAUUAUGUCAUGACAUUACUCCACAGGGAAAGAGCAGAGAACUCCAUUUGAAUAAGUUAAAAGAAAUAUUUUUCAAAGAGGAGGAAAAGACAUGUGAUAGCUUUUACCAAAUUGUGUACGAAUGGAUGAAUCACAAUGAGGAGGGGGUAUAUGAUAGUGAAUUUUUUAAGAUCAAAACGAUUUACGGGGGCGAAAUUGGCUUCAUGCUCCCCCAGUACUACAACAUAAGGCCGCACUUGUUCUACGGCGACUACGUGAAGAUGGACGACCCGCACAGCAUAUCGAGCAGCCGAAUCGGCUUCGUCCUGCGCAACUACGCGUCCGACCAAGCAAAGAACUUUGCAAAUUUGAACAGAAUAAAAAAUAUUGUAAAAAGGAGUAACUUAAAAAAUGUGUAUUUUUACUCCGAAAGUUACGUGCUCUACAAUCAAGCUACCAGAUUUUUGUCAGAAUGCAAACUGAUGCUAAUUUUUUACUUUUUAAUUUAUUUAUUUUCUCUGUACAUGUUUAACACCUUGGGGGUGGUAAUGAUAUUUCAGUUUUGGCUCUGCUACAACUUGAGUGCGCUUUACUUUCUGCAUAGCUUUGCAGUCAACACGGACGCGAUUACAAUUAUUUUGCUAAAAAUGGGGGCAGUCAUAUCUUUGUCUCAUUACCUGUAUGGCACUCUCUUUUUUAAGUCCAUCAUGCUGGACGGGAAGAGUUAUUCCAACAGCAUGCGUCAGUCCUACCCCUACGUGAUGUUUCUACUGCUGUACCUUAUUAGCUUCACCCUGGAAGACUACGCAUCGAACGUUUUGCGGCUGCUCAUCCUGAACCACGUCGUCUGGUUCUUCCUAUACAGCUUAACAAUUUUUUACGUCCACAAGGUGUACGUGAAUAGGGCAUGA